CUUUUCUGAACGUCCUAGACAAUCCUUGAAAAAAUCAUUGUGUGAAAUUUUUUUUGUUAGAGGCUGCCCCAUUGCUCUUCAUUGUGAAUGCGUGCAUUCCAAUGGCGCCGGAGCGCAAGGAGGUCACAAGAGCGUGGGAUGCGCUGACGCCGCCGCUGUCAGAAUGGGUUCUCGAUGCUAUCUCGAGCAUGGGCUUUCAGAAGAUGACGCCUGUGCAGGCGAACUGCAUCCCCCUCUUCAUGGGCAACAAGGAUGUUGUUGUGGAGGCUGUUACGGGUAGCGGAAAGACGCUUGCCUUUCUGAUCCCAGUGGUGGAGAAGUUGCUCAGAUUAUCCGAUCCUAUCAAACGACAUCACGUUGGGGCCAUUGUGAUAUCACCGACGAGAGAACUUGGACAGCAGAUAUACACAGUUCUACAAGGGCUGCUCCAAUUUCACCCACCCUCGGCAGCAGCUCUAAAACCUCCUGACCAGGAGACUGGAGAAACUAAAAGUAUUGAUCCAAAGGAGCUUAAGGUAGUUCCUCAGCUUCUGCUUGGAGGCAAAACAACUCCAGCGCAGGAUUUGAGCACUUUCUUGAAGACUUCUCCGAACCUCCUCGUAGCUACUCCUGGCAGGCUGUUAGAACUUCUCUCAUCGCCUUAUGUGCACUGUCCUCAAUCUUCUUUCGAGGUACUAGUCUUGGACGAAGCCGAUCGUUUGCUAGAUCUGGGAUUCAAAGACGAACUUCAGAAGAUCCUUCAGAGAUUACCAAAGCAGCGCAGGACAGGUCUGUUCAGUGCCAGUAUGAGUGAAGCUGUCGAACAGCUCGUUCGAGUUGGUCUUCGUAACCCUGUGCGAAUCCACGUUAAAGUAAAAGGAGAUCAGCGAACACCCGUCAGUCUGCAGAUGAGCUACCUCCUUACACAACCGACGCAUAAACUACCAGCCAUGUCACAUUUGAUCGAUCGUUUACAUCCGCAAAAGACAAUCGCUUUUGUGUCCACAGGCGCAACAGUGGAUUAUCUACAACACGUACUGCGCUUGCUUCUCCCGAAGACGACCGUUAUACCUCUUCAUGGAAAGCAUCAGCCUAACGUUCGAGAGAAGAAUUUUUCUCGCUUUGUUAACUCAAUAGAGUCCUCACUCCUACUCACAACGGAAGUCGCAGCAAGAGGACUUGAUAUUGCCGCAGUUGAUUUAAUCAUUCAAUUAGAUCCACCCACUGAUCCAAAGGAUUUUCUGCAUCGAUGUGGCCGCGCAGGUAGAGCUGGCAGGAAGGGUCUUGCAGUCAUUAUGCUGACCCCUGGAAGACAAGAGGAAUACGUCGACUUCUUGCGAGUGAGAAAGACACCCGUGCAACUCCUAACUGAGCCACAAAUAAGUGUGACCGAAGAAGAAGCCCAGAACGCUACGGGCAUGAUUAGAAAGAUGGUGCUUGAGGACAGAGCACUCCAUGAUCUCGCUCAGCGAGCUUUCCCAAGCUGGGUCAAAGCAUACAGCAAACAUCAGGCAAGCAGUAUAUUCCGAGUUGCCGAUCUAGACUGGGCGGCUCUGGCCAGUGCAUGGGGUCUGCUACGGUUACCAUCCAUGCCAGAACUGAAGAAGUGGCAAGGCGACAGGCGAUUAGGUCUAGAUAUCAACUUUGAAACUUAUGGAUAUAAAGAUAAACAGCGAGAAAAGCAUAGGCUAGAACAACUUGAGGCAGUAGCACAUGGAGUAGAAAAGCCGACGCAAGACAACAAAAGGCAGAAAACGGAGGCUUGGAGUGCGAAGAAAGAGCAGAAGGCGGCGAGGGAAGUGAAAAGAGAGAAGAGACACGCAAGAAAAGAAGCGGAGAGGGCAAAGAAAAUGACUGAGCAGGAAAUUAAAGAUAAAGAGGAGCUUCAGAAGAUGAUUGCGCAGGUUCGGCAAUCAAAUGCUAAGGAUGAAGAGUUUGGAGGAUUCAGUGAUUGAACAUCUUCUAUCAGGCGACCUCCGUUUGGGUGGACUUGAAACAAGCAGUCGAGAUGUCUUCUGAAAAGGGAUGAUGAAGGCGAUUCAAUUCUUCUAUCCUAACCUCUAGGAUCGCUCUUGUCCAACAAGUUGACUCGAGCUGCUCUUUAUCAAUAUGAUCUGCCACCAAAGGCUCAUCGACGUUUUCAGUUAGUCAGCAGCAGGCAUUCGGGAUCAUUUCGACACCCGGAAAUAUCUUGUUUAAGUUACCAACGCUCGGUAGUUAGUCACCCAUAAUGCGUUUGCGCUCAUUUCAUCUACCCGUCGGUUGCCCGUGCAACACCAUAAGUACAUUCUCAUGGACCCCGUAACUCACCAAACUUAAUUUCCGCGACUGGCUCUGUUCAAAUUCAAUUUUGAACUGCUCAUCUGACAUUUGGCUGACUUCGUUGAAAACAGGUUGAUUACUUAAC